CUUGCAGUUGCAGCAUCGCAAAUCACAUAGUACUUUGCUCUGCCUAAGAGAUUUUCUUUAUCGUAUCGAAAAAGUACUGCGAUGUACCUACUACCACUUCGUCCACUUACAGGUCCCGCGCGGAGUCCCUCGGACGUACCUAAAAAGCCCCCCCGACUAGUAAAAAUACGCCCAUGGGGGACUGAAGUGCCCUUCCCUACUCGUUCCUGUCCAACGGCAUGCAGGUCGAUACCACUCCCGCUGCCCUGCAGUGGGUCCGCUCACGCAAUAGAAUUCAUUAUUAUCAAUAGCAAUGUCAGUCCAGUCACCAUGGCCAACCACCACACUGCCUGCCCACAAUAGAAUAUUGUAAUAUCAUCAGGUUCUGUCUGUUGUGUGGUACGUGCCUGCUGCCUUCAUGGGUCAUGGAUGGCCCCGGUUUCUGAAAUUUCCUUCCCG